AUGUCCUGGCUCAAACGGCGAGCAGGGCCCUUGAUAGUACUCGGGACCUCAGCCAUUGGCGGCGCCGCCUAUCGCUUCACCAGAUCCGCCGACCCCUCCGACGCAUCGUUGAACCCGCAUACCUUCACGCCGUACACUCUCGUAGACAAGCAGCCCGUCUCGUCGACCAGCGCAAUAUUUACAUUACGCAAUAGCAAUGGUGUCUCGGACACGGAAAGUGUGAAGGAAGUGUGGAAGCGCAGUAUCUGGAGUGUCCAGAUUAAGCAGCCACAGCUACAGAUUGCGCGCGCAUACACACCACUGCCGCCUUUACCACCAGACGUCCACAAGAAUGGCGAGAAUGAGCCUGAGGAUAUGAGGCUGCUCAUACGGCAAGAACAGGGAGGCGAGGUCUCGACCUACCUGCAUCGACUACCCGAACAAUCCACCGUCGAGCUACGAGGACCGAACACCGAACUUGAGCUUCCGCGCGAUAUCAUAGAGGUUGUCUUCCUGGCAGGCGGGACCGGCAUAGCACCUGCGAUGCAAGUUGCGCAAGCCCUAGGAAGAAGGACUGGAAGCCGGAUGCACAUACUAUGGGCGAAUAGGCGGCGUGAAGAAUGUGUAGGGGGCAUCAGCGACGACAAAGGUAGCACAGCAUCUGCGUUGGAUCGCGUAGGCUGGUGGCAGAGCUUCUUCGGUUCCAGCGAGUCCGUUGCAGCUGCACCACUUGCAGAGGACUCAUCUACCGCGUCCAAGGGCAUUGUGGUAAAGGAACUGCAUGCGCUCAAGAAGCGGAGCGAAGCAACGAAAGGCGAAGGCCUCCGUGUCAACUACUACGUCGACGAGGAGAAGACAUUUAUCCAUCCAUCCGAGAUCGAGAAGAAGAUACAAAGGCAACGAGCAGAGAGCGGCUCAAGGUUGAUCAUAGUAUCAGGUCCAGAUGGAUUCAUCGAGCAUUGGGCAGGCAAGAAGCUCUGGGCCAAUGGAAGGGAGGUACAAGGACCAUUAGGUGGUCAACUAGGACGGAUGCAACUAGGUGAGUGGAAAGUAAUUAAGCUGUAA